GACCCAAGACGAGAGAAUGGGGAAUGAGAGCAAUACAUCUUGCGACAACAUAGAUGACAAUGUCAUACCUAAAUCAUACAGAUAUGCAUUGAUGUCAAUAUACACUAUAGUGCUUAUUGGAGGGAUCAUCAGCAUGUCCCUCAUGAUCAACAACAUCAAGUUCAACGCCUGCUCAGUGACCACCACAGCCGUCUUGAACCUGAUCAUGGUCCACAUCCUCUUUCUCCUAACCGUGCCCUUUCGCCUCUACUUCUACGCGGCCGGCGAGUGGCAUCUCGGCCCUAACUUCUGCAAGGUGGUCAGUGCCAUGAUCCUCGCCCACAUGUACCUAGCCUUUAUCUUCUACGUGAUAAUUCUGGUGAUCCGCUAUCACGACUUCUUCAGGAGUUCUAAGCAGGUGUUCUACAGGAGGCUACAUGCCGUGGGGGCAAGUGCUGCUGUCUGGGGCCUCAUUCUAAUUGUGGUGGUCCCUUUAACUGCUGUGAAAUAUGGAUCAUCUACAGACAGUAACACAACCACCAGUGACAAUCAGUGCUUUAACUUUGGAGGGGUUUUUGAUGAGGAACAUGCUGUAGCUGUGCUGAACUACAUGCUCAGUGCUCUCAUCAUCAUACUUACAUUAGCCCUGGGCUGUUGUCAGAUGUGUAUUCUGUGGUGUGUGUACAGAACUCACAGGGCGAUGAUCUUCUCGCAACAGGAGUUUUGGGCUCAGAUCAAAAGUAUUUUCUUUAUGCUGGCCAUUAUAGUAUGCUUUGUUCCAUACAAUGCAUUCAGGAUUUACUAUGUGAGUCAUUUUAAUGCCAAUCUCCAGGUAAAGAAUGAGAUUGCUCUCGCCGUCACAACAUUCAGCUGCUUUGACAUGCUGACUUUUAUAGGGAUAGGGUCGUUCAGACCCUGUGAUUCAAUAUGCUGUGUACCAUGAUUAUCAAUACUGAUUAUUGAGUCAAAUAUUAUUCUAUUUGCACCUUAUUUGCAUCAUGUUAACCAAAUGUACAAAACUACAGUGCACAAAACAUUAGGAACACCUGCUCUUUCCAUGACAUAGACUGACCAGGUGAAUCCAGGUGAAAGCUAU